GCUAAGGGCGUAGCUUAUCCCCCGAUCGGGACGGGGCCAACGGUGGCGCCCGGGGAGAAUCUCUCGCAAGCCCCGGUGGCUUGGCGUGGCGCCGAAAUAGAGCUAAGGCGCGUGAAGAUCGGAACGGGGCGAGUGCAUGUGGCUUACCCGCGUGGGCCUCUAGGCUCUGUCACACGCGGAGCUAAGGCCAACAGAGCCGAGGCUCCGAUCCGACAUGGGUCUGCAGGACGGGAAGGAAUGGACGGAUGACGCCCAGCAGCAGCCUCGCCUCCACACCUCGAUCAGCUUCCACGACCGAAGAGGCCAGCACAGUUCAACAUGGCUCGCUGAGCCAAAGUCGACGUUGGCCCGAGGGGUGCGUAGAGGUAUAAGAAGCCCACGUCCCGACAGCUUCAUCCUGUCCAUCUGUUUUUCCUCAUCAAACAUUUCUAUCCACCAAUACCUACCCACUCUAGCACUACCACACCAACACAUCCACUCACUACACAUACAAUGUCGACCACCACCAUCGCCGUCUUCGGAGCCACUGGCAACCAGGGAGGAGCCGUCGUUCGCUCCCUCGCAGCUUCCUCCAAGCUCGCCAAGAAGGUCAAGAUCCAGGCCGUGACCCGCGACCCAUCUUCGGACAAGUCCAAGGCCCUCUCCAACAUUCCCGGAGGAGAGGCCGUUGAGCCCAUCAAGAUCGACCUGGACAGCCUGGCAUCGGACAAUGCUGACUGCCUCAAGGGGGUAGACGUCGUGUUUGCCAACACCAACACCUUCGAGGGUGGACCCGAGAAGGAAGUCGCCCGUGGAAAGGCCCUCAUCGACGCUGCCAAGAAGGCCAACGUCGGUCUCUUUGUCUGGUCUACUCUGCCCUCGGCCAAGGAGAUGUCCAGCGGCAAGUACACCGAGGUCGAGCACUUCGAGGCCAAGGCCAAGGUCACUGAGUACCUCAAGGCUUCCGGUAUCAAGUGGACUGCCCUCUCUCUCGGCUGGUUCGCUGAGAACAUCCCCACCUUCCACAUGGUCCAAAAGGACGGCUCUGACGCCUUCAAGGUCAACUACUCCAUCCUCAAGCCCGACACAAAGGUCGCCUGGACUUGGGUCGCCAGUGACCUUGGACCUGCCGCUGCUGCCGUCAUCGAGGCCCACGUUACCGGCGCUGACGCCAACGUCUUCAACCGCAUCAUCCCCGCUGCUGGCUACCAGGCCUCCAUGGGUGACUUUGUCGCCGCUGUGGAGAAGGCUUCCGGCCUCAAGGGCUCUUACGUCGAGCUCCCACCCUUUGGCAACGGUGACAUUGACGACAUGCACAGGCUCUACAACGACCACGGUCUCUACCAGGGACAGACACUGCCCGACCCUGAGCUCGUCAAGCUCGGUGUCAAGUUCUCGACGAUCGAUGACGUUGUCAAGGCCCUCGCUCUGCCAGCUCUCAAGUAGAGGGUAGAUCGACUAGCCAAAAGCAAAGGAGGAGAAGAUUAACGGGAGAGAGUAGCUUGUUUAUAUCACGAAUGUACCAAUUGCCAAAAAUGAAAAGACUGUCGCACAUCACAACGCUUC